AUGUGGUGUCAAGACAUUUCAUUUGAUUAUUAUGGAAUUAAAAUUGCAUGUAGUGUUUUAGAUAAUAUGAUUUUAAUAUAUGACACUACUUCUUCUGACUCUGUUCGUUCUCUUUUAACUUUAAAAUGGUUAUUUCUUCAUAACCUUGUGAAUACUGAUUGUUUUAGUCACACUGGUCCUGUUUGGCAAGUUAGGUGGAGUCAUCCUCGAUAUGGUCCUGUAGUGGCUUCAUAUAGUUAUUAUAAAACAGUUUUAGUCUGGAGAGAAAGUACUCUAGGCUUGUACAAUCUAGUUUAUACGCAUCAAUUCCAUACAAAUAUUAUUGAAUAUGUUGAAUCAACAAAAACUUGGAAAACGAGUUCAUUUAUUGCAAAUUCUGGUGGUGUAAAUAGAGUCAGUGUUAUUAGUAGGAAGGAAAUAUUAAUAUUGUUAGCGGUUGUGAUAAUAGAUUAA